AUGUCUUCACCGGUGUCCUCAGCGCCCUCACCGUCGAUAGUUGUGCAGCUCUACGACUACUUUUGGUCCCGAAGGGACCCUCGUACCGAGGGAUGGGGCGGCAUAGCGGACUCCAGGUUCGUGCUGCCAUUGCUGCUGGGCUACAUAUACUUCGUCAAGGUCGCCGGCCCGCUUUGGAUGAGGGACCGCAAGCCAUUCGAGCUGAAGUGGGCCGUGCUGACGUACAACAUAUUCACGGUGAUCGCGAAUGCAUAUUUCGCGGUGCGAGUGUUUCAGGUGGCGUACCUCUCGGGCCACUACAACGUGCUCUGCCAGGGCAUCGAGUACCACAACCCCAGCGAGAGGGACCUGGAGAUUAUGAGGUUAGUCUGGUGGUACUGUUUGGUUCGAGUCGCCGACUUCUUGGACACCCUAUUUUUCGUGUUGCGCAAGAAGAACUCGCAAAUUACGUUCCUGCACGUGUCUCAUCACGCGUUCAUCGUGUUCAGCGGAUGGUUUUACAUGAACUUCGGCACCGACGGGCAGCCGGACAUCGGAGUGAGCGUCAACGCAUUCGUGCACGUCAUCAUGUACUCGUACUACUUCCUCGCCGCCCUGGGUUCCUCGGUGCAGAAGUACCUGUGGUGGAAGCGAUAUCUUACCCAGCUGCAGAUUGUGCAGUUCAUCGGCCUCAAGAUGCACCUGUCGAUAACGCUAUUCUACGACUGCGGAUACCCGAGGUCUCUGGCCCUCUUCGCACUCAGCCAGGGUUUCUUCGGCCUUCUGCUGUUCAUAAACUUCUACGUCAGAAAUUACGUCCUCCGAAUGACACGAGGAAAAGAAGCUGGCGCCGUACGGAAACGUGACUAA